AUGCUUAUCAAGAAGUACUACAACAUGGGACUUGGAUAGAUAUUUAUUCAAUCUUCUUGAAAAAAGACAUAUUUUUUCUGCAAAAAUAAUUUUGUGGUGAAAAAAUGGCGUCUACAAGUGCUUUCACAGCUGGGAUUUCAAAUCUUCAUAGCUUCAAAAAACCGUGUCCUAUUGCAAAUCAAGUUGGUAUGUGGACUUCAUCAAGACAUGGCUGUCGAAAGGUUUUAGAUAAUCCCAGACCUCUGCAAAUAUGUUCUCUGUUUGGAGGAAAAAAGGACAAUAAUGAGCAGAACAACGAUGCUCCUUCAAAGGCAGGUCUUUUUGGCAACAUGCAAAACUUAUACGAGACAGUGAAGAAGGCGCAAAAUGUGGUUCAAGUUGAGGCAGUGCGAGUACAAAAAGAGCUUGCUUUAGCAGAGUUUGAUGGAUACUGUGAAGGUGAACUAAUCAAGGUAACACUGUCUGGAAAUCAGCAGCCGAUACGCACUGAAAUUACUGAGGCUGCCAUGGCAUUAGGCCCAGAAAAACUCUCACUUCUGAUUACAGAGGCAUACAAGGAUGCGCAUCAGAAAAGUGUACUGGCAAUGAAGGAAAGAAUGAGUGAUCUUGCUCAGAGUUUGGGAAUGCCAGCAGGCCUUGGUGAAGGAUUCAAACAGUAAAAAAAAAUUAUCUUCAUGAGUUUCAAUUUUGUAAGCUAGCAGACACUAAGUUUAUUUGCAUUAAAAUUAUGAAUACAACUUUAAUUAUUAUUGUAAUUUAUUGGUAAGAUUAUGCACUGUAAAAACUUUGGAUUGAAAGUUUUAAUUCUUCAAUUUUAUAGUGAAAUAGAAUUAUCAAA